AUGGAAUUCAACUUCCGAUCUCUCGACAAAAGGUCGCCUCCGCCGCUGCCUUCCACCCUCGGCUACUUCCCCCAACAUCCACACGCAUUGCGAGGUUCACUGUUUUCUUUCUUGCUCAGACUCAGAAACCACAACAACAAGAAGAAGAAAACAUUCUUCAUUCUAAUUUCUCCUCUUUUCUUUUCUCUCGUCUUUAUUUUGCUUACAAAUCCAAUUCAAUUCCAUUUACUCCUCACUUUUCUCCACCUCUCAACAGCAACAACACAACAAACACAAACAGCUGCCAUGAUCGAGCGCCAGCUGGAGAAGGAGAAGAUCAGGGAGGAGAUCAUGGCGGCCGAGAGACGGCGAUUUCUCGAAGCCGAGGUCAGAAGAGAGCUCAUGCUCGAGCGAGACAUCGCUAUGCGAAGAGCUGCCGCCGCCGACGGCCUCGCUUUUGAUCACCACCCCCGACUCCUCCACCACUCUUUGGAUCAUGACCGCUUCGCAACUUCUCUCAUCAACAACCACAACUUAAUCCCACUGUUGACACACAUCAAUCAAAUUGAUCAAGCAAUCCCUUCCCUUGUUCUAGUGUGGCCUAAGCCUUGUGUGACGAUUACACAAGAAGUUGUUUUCUUUUGUUCAUUCCGUAUUUGUGAAAGCAGCAGAGAGGGUGGUGCAGUUCACAUUGGAAAUACUGUUGAGGCUAAACCUGGCCCAAUUCUUUCUGGAGUCAAGCGGAAAACACCACCAACAGCCGGUGCUAGUGAGCUGCCUCCAACUGGGUUGAAGAAGAAACCCAAGGAGAUAUGGAGUUGCGCUAUGUGCCAUGUUAGUGCAAGAAGUCAGAAAGUCUUCAAUCAGCACCUUAAUGGUAAGAAGCACAAGGCCAAUGAAGCGAGACUGAGAGCUCAGAAACUGGGCAAGAGCUCCAGUAGUGCACCAUUGUCAAAGCAAACUGCAAAGUUUUCUGAGCCCGAAGAAGUAACGGAAUCGCUCGACCCCAGUGAUGGUUUAUACGAGAAAAUGCAGGAUGCAUGCACUUCAAAAGAGAAAAAAGAGGAACUGCCAAUGCAGAAAGACCAGUGUCGAGAGGAUUUAAAGAUCAAAGAUGAGGUAGAAAUGGUGCAGGGACCGGGAAGAAAAGGAGCAGUGAGAAAGAAGAAAUUUAAGUUUUGGUGUGAAUGGUGUAAAGUUGGUGCUUACUCUCCAAAAGUGAUGUUAGCCCAUAUGACAGGGAAGAAGCACAUCGCGAGGCGUCAGGAGGUUACACAAAGUAAUGUUCCAAUUGCAAGUUCCCUGGCAUCGUCAGUGGAGGCUAGUAAGGAGGCAGAAGAUGUUGAUGCGGCCAAAGAAGCUCAUGAGAAGAUUCCAACAGAAAUUGCCAUGUCAUCAUCAGGGACUAAUGCCAAUGGGAAGGCAGAAAAUGCUGAUCUGACCAAAGAAGCAAACAACACUGCCAAAAUUGUUGUUGCAGAUACAUUCGAUGGUGAAUAA